GAGGCGGUGCGUUAGCUGUUGCAGUGCUGCUAGAGAGCUAGGAGUGGGGAGUGCGUACCUGGGUGCUGUUUGUGUGUGAGAGGAGAAGGGAGACGGAGCUCCGGGAUACAAGGCUGCGGUUCUGUGUCUUUACUGUGUGUGACAGUUCCGGAAUGGAGGGAGACGGAGGCGUGCCUGAAGAUCUCUCCCCUGAAGAGCGAGAGGAACUUUUGAAUAUACGACGAAGAAAAAAAGAGCUCAUUGAUGAUAUUGAGAGACUGAAAUUUGAAAUAGCAGAGGUGAUGACUGAAAUCGAUAAUUUAACAUCUGUAGAAGAAAGUAAAACUACACAAAGAAAUAAACAGAUUGCAAUGGGAAGGAAAAAAUUCAACAUGGACCCCAAAAAGGGCAUUCAGUUCCUCAUAGAGAACGACCUACUGCAAAACACGCCAGAGGAUAUCGCUCAGUUCCUGUACAAAGGGGAAGGGCUCAAUAAGACAGUCAUUGGAGAUUACCUGGGGGAGAGGGAUGAUUUCAACAUCCAUGUCCUUCAGGCGUUUGUUGAACUCCAUGAGUUUGCUGAUUUGAACCUCGUCCAGGCAUUAAGGCAAUUUCUGUGGAGUUUCAGACUACCUGGUGAAGCCCAGAAAAUUGACCGAAUGAUGGAAGCCUUUGCAUCUCGUUACUGUCUAUGCAAUCCUGGUGUUUUUCAGUCAACAGAUACAUGCUAUGUCCUGUCUUUUGCAAUCAUCAUGCUUAACACCAGCUUGCACAAUCCCAAUGUAAGGGAUAAACCAUCUGUAGAGCGGUUUAUAUCUAUGAAUCGUGGUAUUAAUGAAGGUGGGGAUCUUCCAGAGGAAUUAUUACGGAAUUUGUAUGAAAGUAUUAAAAAUGAGCCCUUUAAAAUUCCGGAGGAUGAUGGAAACGACUUGACACACACAUUUUUCAAUCCAGACAGAGAAGGCUGGCUCUUAAAAUUAGGUGGAAGAGUUAAAACUUGGAAGCGCAGGUGGUUUAUCCUGACUGAUAACUGUCUCUAUUAUUUUGAAUACACAACAGAUAAAGAACCAAGAGGUAUAAUUCCUUUGGAAAACCUUAGUAUUAGAGAAGUUGAAGAUCCUCGAAAGCCAAACUGCUUUGAACUGUACAAUCCAAGUCACAAAGGACAAGUAAUAAAAGCCUGCAAAACCGAAGCUGAUGGAAGGGUGGUAGAGGGAAACCAUGUUGUGUACAGAAUAUCGGCACCAACUCCCGAAGAGAAGGAGGAAUGGAUAAAAUCAAUCAAAGCAAGCAUCAGCAGGGAUCCAUUUUAUGACAUGCUGGCAACUAGGAAGAGGAGAAUCGCCAAUAAAAAAUAACUGUGCUCCCUUGACAACAUUGCUGCAAAAAUUUCUAGCAGUUGAAUGCAUGGUACUAACUGACAGUCCAGUGUGAUUUUUGGGUUUCAAAGUUCCACAAAGCUUCAUGGGAAGAAGAGCUACUACCAGAGAGGACUUCUGCUAUAACUAUUAUUGGCCGUUUAUCCUGGUAUAGAAACCUUAUACUGACCUACCCCCUUGAGAAGCUAAACAUUAUUUUCGGGGUUUUUUUUUAUUUGUCAGUUCUUUAACCUUGGGGACAACGUAUUUCCAGAAUUUGACUCUUGACACAAUGUAAAUAACAUCAACUCCUUUGGCUUAAUUGGCGUUAAGCCAAAAACACUACUCCUGAAGAGAAAGAGCGAGAGAGAGAACUUACGUGUAGUAUAUAAAGUCUAUAUAAACAAGUAUUUGCAAAUGUAUAUUCCCUAGAGUGGUAUAUAAAUGGUACUAAAUCCCCUAGUCCCGAUGAGCUACAAUGUUACCUCUGCAUGUUGGCCAUAUAUAUAGGCUAGAUAAUCCUAUGGGUAUCCCAAGGGAUACAUUAUCGAGAGCACAGGUAACACUGCCCCAUCAUGUCACGUGCUGCAGCCUAGAGAUGAACAAACCAAUACUUUCAACAGGGUUCUGGAUCUUUGUAAGCUAUACACCCCCUUUCAACCCUACAGAAUGUGCCUCUGUAUCAUUCUCUUGCCCUAAGCCAACUUACUCUUUGUGAUGCCACAAAGCGUGCCCGCCCUGAGAAACAACAGUGCACUAUUAUAAUCUGAUAAACGCAGCCGCCAAUGCAUGGGAAGCCAUGUUAAGCACACACUGCUUCAGCAAGAAUUCUCCCAUGUUUUCAUAUUGCAAAUUCUCAGCGCUUAUGCCUUAAUGCAUUCCUGCUGCUCAGCGGCCGCCUUGAUAUUUGCCGUAUGUAUAUUUCAAGAGAGAAUGUGUAUGGCUUACAUUUUUUUCACAGACCCGCUUGUGCGGCAACUGACAGGCAGUUAAUGAACCUACCUCAAAUUUCCAUCAGACUUUUUCGUUCGCUAAAUGUUUCAGUAGAAAUUUUAGACGGCUCAAAGGUGCUGACUUUUCUACAUUUUCUGAGACAACUCCUCUGUAAAAUGAAACCAAAAUUCCAAAUGACAGAAUAGUCAGGGGCAGGGGGUGGUUAUACUUUUUUUUCCAUUAAGACUGUAAUCAAAAGUAUGUUAGGCUUAAUUAACCAUAGUCUAUCUAGUUUGUAGUCGCAAUGUACAGGGCAUUUUUUAGUGGUUUUGAGAGAAGCCACACCCCCACCCCCAUUUUUUUCUGGACUAAGUCUGACUAUUGAUUGCUGUGCAAUCUAUUAAUAAUGAACACAUUUUCCCAUUGGUCCCACCUGAGUAUCCAGCAUAUGCUGUUGCGCCAUAAUUGCCUUCCCAGUCAAAUGUGGUAUCUCUGUACUGCAUUGCUGUAAGAGAAUUAGCAGGCACAGGAACAGGGCUCGCACUUUUAUAGUCCAUUAAAGCUUGCACUUCUUUAAGCCACACGAGGCUGAUUCACUGCAGCCGCUAUGCUACUUGGGUGCAGGCACAACACGUAGUGGAUUUUGGUGCCGAGAUGCAUACUCGAGCAUACUCUUUGUGGCUCCGGGUGCAGGCACAGAGAAAAGCUGAUGCCAAUGUAGGGCACUGCCUUAUAGCAGUGUGAGUUCUCUGGGGUAAACUAAUGCCAUUCGAUACUAUUGCAGUGUGAAUUAAUGACCCUUACACACACACAUUUUUCACACGUUUGAGGUUCAAGUGCACCUAAAAGCAUGAGCUAAUCCCAUUAGACUGUAACCGGUUGCACCAACAAGCUUUCAGAUCUGCAUUUUAAGCAUAGUUGUGUUCCACUUCAUUUUUUUGCACCAGACGCACAUUCAAAAUAAACAUUAAAAUAGAGAAAUGCCUGUUAAAACUGUAAACAUGCAAUUUGAAUAGGUUCAUUAUGUUUUUAAAAGAGCUCCCCCUGCUCUGAACAGAACAGCAAAAGCUUAAUUUACUGAUGCAGGAAGCAUCUGCUGGUGUAUCGUAUUGUUGAGCAGUUUUACAGUGGCUUUGCAGUCCCCUAUAACGCCCACGCUGCAGGCUUCUACUUACUGGCUAUAACCAUUCAGAUACUACACCAGUAAGAAGCAAUUUAUCCUUACCACUCCAAUGGUAUAGCCACUAUCUGUAUAUGGUUUUAUAGCAGGGUUGUAGCCAUCUAUCUAACCACACACUAUAAGUCGGUGUUAGUGUUUUUUUUCCCCCCCGCUGUAUUUACCCUUCAGUACAAUCUGCCGGUGACGUUCCAUUGUUCUUUACUAGUAACCCUUUAGUGUCGCCAUGUUAUGUGCUGUAACAUUAACUCCCCCCCCUGUUAUGUGUAAAGGACUUAUUCCAUGUUCAGUUAAUUACAUUUGCUUCAUUCUGUGUCCAUAUAGAGACCCCAGUCUGGUCAUGGGGAAGAUAUAUGAAAUAUGUUUCAAGAUUGAGCUGGCCUAAAUCUUGUACUUGGAGAACUUUUUUUAAAGGUCAUAAAACCCAUUGUUUUGUAUUCUAGGGAAGCAGCGUGAUGCCUCCCCUGUUACACCAGUGCAUUACCCGUGUUAAUAGGUCAUUCAUAGACCUGAAAGGACAGUUCCAAAUAACGUGGUGUUCAUCAUUAUUUAUUUUAGUACAAUUCAGAAUGUUUCUAUUUGCAUUGAAAUAUAAUUUUAAAGUGUAAAUAUUGUAAAGUUGUACAUUAUGUUUGCUUAUGUUGAAGUCAGUUAUUUGCAUGAAGAAUUAUGUAUCUUUCCAGAGAAAAGCUACAAUACAAACUGAUUAUUACAGCAAUGAAUCCUUUGCAGAUAUUGUUCAUAGACUAUCAUUAAAAUGUAUAUUGUUGGAAGA